AUGAAUGAUUAUGGCGAAGACUUCGAUUUGGCGUCUCUUGAGUGUAGUCUUGAGGCAUACCUUAUCAAGAGGGUUACUCAAGCCUGCAAUGACGUGCUCGCAGCUGGAGAUGGAGAUGGAGACAAUUGGACCGAAGCAAUGACAGCGACUGGUAUUAUCACGAAAGAGCUUCAAUAUGCAAUCAUAGAUGAGGAGUUGGAGACUAUCCGUGGUACACAGUCUCUCCAGGCUUGGCUCGCAGAAAUCUUCGGCAAAUACUUCCGCACAUUCGAAUACAUGGAUGAGAUCCUUCUGGAAUAG